AUUAUACUGGACUGUCAUUAAAUGUUGGCAGAGUUAUCUCUAUUACUAAGCAAAAUUUCAAUCAAAUCUUGACAAUUAUAAUGUUUCAAUCUCAUCAAACUAUUGUAAUCCAAAAUUUUCGUUGCAUGAUUCAUAACCACUUCUAACUGAUUCUAUAUACAAUCAUUAAUGUUCUGUUCUGCCAUUCACCAAAAAAUAGUGUCCACAGGAAAAGUUAAACAGUACAUAAGGUGCCUUCAUUCUUUCACGAUGUCGAAGGAUAAUUCAUACAAGGACAGGUACUCCUGGAUAAAAUUUUCCGAAGCCAAGCUAAUUUCAAUUGAAAAAAGAAUACUGGAAGUCGUAAAAACUGCCUACAAGGGAUGGUUUGUACCUGUACAAACAGUAAGUGAUGAGGAUAAAAUAUGGACAGUGUCCUUAAACCCAGAAUCAAAAAACACUCCUCUGUUACUAUUGCAUGGAUUUGCUGCUGGUUUAGGAUUUUGGUGCCUUAAUUUUGAUGCCUUUGCCAAGGACAGACCUGUCUAUGCCAUUGAUUUGCUUGGCUUUGGGAGAUCUUCAAGGCCAACGUUUAGCAGUGAUAACACAGAAGCUGAGAAGCAACUGGUGGAGUCUAUAGAACAGUGGAGAAAAAGCGUAAAUCUCGACAAAUUUAUUAUUUUGGGCCACAGCUUCGGCGGCUAUUUGGCCACCAGCUAUUCAAUCCAGCAUCCAGAGCAUGUAAAGCAUCUAAUUUUGGCAGACCCGUGGGGCUUCAAUAUUAAACCAGACAAUUUUAACCCACCUUUGUGGCUAAAGACAUUGGCGUUCUUCCUGUAUCCAUUCACGCAGUUCAAUCCUUUGGCGACUGUUAGGGCUGCUGGUCCUAUAGGUCCUUGGUUGAUAAAGAAAACUAGAGCUGACAUAUCUGAGAAAUAUGCUGAAUCUUUGGAUGACAAAGAUCUUAUUACUGAAUAUAUUUACCAGUGCAACUCCCAGAAACCAACUGGGGAAUCAGCAUUCCAUAGCAUGAUGAAAGGUUUUGGUUGGGCCAAAAAUCCAAUGAUUGACAGAAUACAGGACUUGGAUAAAAACAUUCCCAUGACAAUAUUAUAUGGGGAAUAUUCUUGGAUAGACAAGUCUUCUGGAGCGAUCAUUCAAGAUAAAAGACCCACUUCAUACGUCGAUUUGAAAAUUGUGCCUGGAGCUGGACAUCAUAUUAAUGCUGACCAACCUGAAAUUUUUAAUAACUUGGUUGUAGAAACUUGCAAUUUGUCUGAUGCCAAAGAGGAUCAACCUAAAAAAGUUGAAGAUUCGAAAAAGAAUGCUGAAAAUAGUGAUGGCGUCAAUGUUGACUUAGCACUCAACUAAAGUUUAUAGUUCAGUAUUAUUUAUUUUAUUUAUUUAUAAAAUGUUAAAAUCGCGAAAUAUUUUAUUGUGAAUAUUUUUACACUGGUUUUAAUAAAAGACGGUAUUUUUA